AUGAGGAGGAUAGCCGUCUUGCUUGCGCUCCUAUGCUCCGACACGACAUACGCGCAAGUUCAUCUAAACUACUCGACUCUGUUUCCCUUCGAUCCCGUGGCAGCGGAAACCCUCGGUGACGACCUCCUUCACUACAUGGUGCCUGUGAGACUUGGAACCCCGCCGUUAUUGAGAUAUCUUGUCCCAGCUGUAGGAAACCCAGCGACAAAAGUCAUAGUGAGGGAUGCGUGCGUGGAAUUCGAGGAACCUGCCGUUUGUCAAUGGGGAUCGUACAACGACUCAGCAUCAUCAACGAGCAACACAGAUGGGAUCGACAGCGAAGACCAUGCCUUCCAUGACGUGCUUCAGAUAGGGAAUAUAGAGCUGGCCGCGGCGGACCUGACAAUAUUUUAUGAUCCCGCCGGGAGACUCGUCACCCAGCCUGGCACCUUGGGACUCGGCAGGGGAAUAUCUAGCGAGUCGCCGCGGAGUGUACCAGAGGCAAUGACUGAGAAAAAGCUCAUCACCUCUCCGGCUUAUAGUAUCUGGGCUGAUAACAGUGAUGGUACAUCCGGGCACAUUCUCUUUGGAGCUGUCGACUCGUCUAAAUUUAGCGGGAAGCUUUCAAGACUGGCGCAGCCGCCCCUCGACGACGACUGGGGCAACAUCGUCCUCCCGGCCGAUCUCGUUUCUUUCAGACCCAGUGUCAACGACGAGCCCCUGACAAACGGCACCGGUCGCAUAGCUAUCGAUCCCUUUGAGCCCUUCUCCUGGCUGCCCAACAAAAUCGUCGAACCCAUCCAAUCGUACCUGGGAGGCGCCGUUAACCUUAGCCGACAAGGACGGCCCCGAAUAAUGGUACCCUGCGCGACGGCGCGUCAAUCCUCCGCUAGACUAACUAUCCGCUUAGGCGGGGACCCCGGCGUCGUGGAGAUUCAGCUCGCCGGCGCGGAUCUCAUCAUUCCCGAGGCCGUCUGGUCCGAGACGGGAUACAGUGCCGAGGCAGGGCGCGAAGUACCUUGGUGCUUGCUCGGGCUGCAGGAUUGGGAAAACGAGAGCUCUACUGAAUGGUUGUUCGAGGCAAGACCGCCCUUCGGCAUCAAUCUCGGCGCAUCCGUGCUGAGGAACAUGUACAUGGUUUUUGACACCGUGAAUAAGGAGAUUUCCUUUGCGCCGCUGAAGUUCUCUGGGGACAUGGAACCUGACGAAUCGGCCACCAUUAUCUUCGAGUCCAAUGGAUCCAAGGCUCCAUUAUCGGUGCCAGCUCCUGAACUGGCCAGCAGUGACACUAGUGAUCCUGGGAGUUCCGGCAGCUCGGGCUCCAAGCGCGCACUCGCUAUCGGGGCGAUAGCGGGAAUAGCUGUUGGUUCUGUCCUCGGCGCCGGCCUGCUUAUCGCCGCCAUCUUGUUCUUCCUUCGGAAGAGGAAAAAGGUCAACUACGAUGCCGUCGCUGAAGCCGAACUCCCUGGCGACCUGCCCUCCAAUUCUCCAGAGAUGCUCGGCGUCUCAGCGACGGCUGAAAAAACGGGAGGGAAUAUCGGAUGGUGGCGGAGGGGUAAAAGGAAUCUUGGCAGGUCACCCGCCACUAAACUCUCGCCAGUUGCCGAGGAGCAGACCGUCUCGACCCCGACGCCCACCCCCGCCGAGUUGGAAAUGGCCUUAGCUCUGUCUGCGAAAGGACACCUACACGACCACUCCGGAGCUAGUCCCGUGGAACUGGGGAGCCCUGGUGUGCCUAGCCCUGUGGAAUUGGAGGCCGCCGACGUGGUUGUUAGACCCGUCGAGCUGGAAACGCCUGGUGGUGUGGUGAGGCCGGCUGAACUGGAUACGUCCCCCGUGAUUAGGCGCAAACCCGUGAGUCAGAGCAUGAUACCGCGGUCGGUGGCGGAGGGGUUACCCACGCAAAGUGGGCCAGUGGGAGAAGUAAAACCCUCUGCGGACACGGGGCAAGUAGUGCAGCCUCCUGCUGAGACGGUAAAAGAAGUCGAGCCCGCCGUUGAAAUAGCAAAGGAGGCUAGGACUGUGGAGGAAGCAAGGCCGGCCUUGGUAGAGAAGCCGAAAAAGACUCCCUCUCCGUUUGAUCCACAGGCAUGGAGGAAGAGGAUAUAUAGAUGA